CGUGGGGAUGUGUAAGUGGGCUCGCUAGUUUGGUGAAUUUUACAACCGCAGUUUUUUUUUUUAAAGCACGCAACUACAGAAAGUGUUGCCAGUGGAACAAUAGCACAUUUGGUAAAAUGUCAUAGCAGUGACACCACGCUGUUAUUGUAGCUAGCUGGCUAGAGAUAGCUAACAGUGUCAGCGAGUGUGAUAACUAUAGCUAUAUAGCCUGCCAGUUGCAUUUCGUUUUGAAUAACAUCUAGCCAAAGAAAUGUCUAAGCGAGCCGGCAAAUGACACAAAUUAUUGGUUGGUAGCUUGCUAUAUAGGAAACUCCAAAUAAAACCUGUGGUGAAUGAUGAAUAAUGUGUUCGCGUGUGAGCAAGCUAUUUUGUAGUUUGUAAUCUUUUUGAUUUAGCCCGUUAAAAUCCACCAAUAGGUAACGCUACCCGAUUCCAGACAUAAUAAUUUUAUAUACGUUGUGUACUUAAAAGAAAAAUGAAAAAUAUCAGACCCUUACUGUACAAAUUACACAAGCAGUGGCUUGUAAAGGUCACCCCUAAGCACAGACACAGCUGCUCAGUUUCUGUGCCUCCAACCCAGGACAAUAAAAGACCGAUCGGCAACAGGGAGUUCAAAAAUAAACUUGAUACAGGUCCCAAAUUUCACGACUUUAUAAAAAAUGCAUCAUCCAAAGAAAAUGUUACAGAAGUUCAUGAAGGACUAUUUGAGGACCCACAGUCUUAUCUUCCUGACGACCCACACAUUGGAAAUUCAAGAAAAGUGUACUUUGAGACCUAUGGCUGCCAGAUGAACGUGAAUGAUACAGAGAUUGCCUGGUCCAUUCUGCAGAAGAAAGGAUACUUGCGUACAAGUGAACUUUCACAGGCAGAUGUAAUUCUCCUUGUCACUUGCUCAAUAAGGGAGAAGGCAGAACAAACCAUCUGGAACAGGCUGAAACACCUGACAGCCCUGAAAAUGCGAAGGUCCAAGGUCAACGCUCCACUUAAGAUAGGAAUUUUAGGUUGCAUGGCGGAGAGGCUGAAAAAGGAGCUAAUGGAGCGGGAGAAGCUUGUGGAUGUUCUGGCUGGCCCAGAUGCGUACCGGGACCUCCCUCGCCUUCUCGCCCUGGCCCAUGGUGGCCAGCGGGCCAGCAAUGUUCUGUUGUCGCUGGAGGAGACGUACGCUGAUGUCAUGCCGGUCCACCACACCCCACAGGGUCACAGUGCUUACGUCUCCAUUAUGCGGGGCUGUGAUAACAUGUGCAGUUACUGCAUCGUACCCUUCACUCGCGGGCGAGAGAGGAGCCGACCUGCGUCUUCCAUCUUGGAAGAGGUUCGGAUACUAUCAGACCAGGGUGUAAAGGAGGUAACCCUCCUGGGUCAGAAUGUGAACAGCUAUAGGGACAUGUCUGAAGAGCAGUUCUGUGGGCCAGAACCAGUCCAUCUGAGCCGUGGUUUCAGUACUGUGUACCGAGCCCGGCGAGGGGGCCUGCGCUUUGCAGAUCUGCUGGACAGAGUCUCCCUAGUCAACCCAGACAUGAGGGUCCGGUUCACUUCCCCUCACCCAAAGGACUUCCCUGAUGAGGUGCUGCAACUGAUCCAAGAGAGAGGGAACAUCUGUAAGCAGAUUCACCUCCCUGCCCAGAGCGGCAGCAGCAGGGUUCUGCAGGCCAUGCGACGUGGCUACACCAGAGAGGCAUAUCUGGAGCUUGUGACCAACAUUCGGAAGAUAAUUCCAGGGGUGAGUCUCAGCAGUGACUUCAUCACUGGGUUUUGUGGAGAGACGGAGGAGGAUCACCAGCAGACUCUGUCUCUACUGAGGGAAGUGCGCUACAAUGUGGGCUUUCUCUUUGCCUACAGCAUGAGGAAGAAAACCCAUGCGUUCCACCGUCUCCAGGACGACGUACCUGCAGAGGUGAAGCAGCGCCGUCUGGAAGAGCUGACAACUGUGUUCAGGGGGGAAGCUGCCAAGCUCAACGCCAGUCUCAUUGGGAGCACACAGCUCGUCCUAGUGGAGGGAGUGAGUAAGCGAUCUACACAAGAGCUGUGUGGACGAAAUGAUGGUAACUUGAAGGUGAUCUUUCCAGACACACAUGCUGUCCCCAUCAGGCCUGGAGACUACGUGCUUGUCAAGAUCACAUGGGCUAGCUCCCAGAGCCUGAGAGGCCACGUUCUGAGCCACACCUCCUUGAGCUCUGUUGGAAACACACCUUCUCAGGCCUGUCAGGGUGAACAGCUGGCUGUGUGCUGAUCUUGCCAGCCACCUGCCCAUGCUGUCUGUGUGUGCUGACUUCAUCAGCCACUCGCGACUCCCUGGCCUCAUGGCACAUAGGUAGAGUAAAUUGAUUCCAUGGAACCACUCUGAUCCCAGUGAGACACACAGACCUGAACAGAACUGAAGUUUCAUCUCCAU